CACUGACUGGCACUGAUGGGUGGCACUCACUGGCAUUGAUAGGUGGCACUGACUGGCACUGAUGGGUGACACUGAAAGGCAGCUCAGAUGAGCACUGAUAUGUGGCGUUGAUGGGCACUGAAAUGUGGCACUGAUGGGCACUGGCAGGUGGCAUAGAUGAGCAUUGAGAGCUGGCACUGAUGGACACUGACAGGUGGCGCUGCUGGGGCUACACAGAUCAUCAGUGCUCUGAUGUGGGACAGCUCGUGGGGAGAGAAAUGCCGAUAACCUGCAUUUCCCUGUUUACAUGUGAUCAGCUGUCAUUGGACACAGCUGAUCACAUGACC